CGGACAACGAGGCCUCACGCCCAGCGGGGAAGCAACGGGGUGCUGUGCUUAGAAACUCAAAGGUCUUCGCCGUGACGCGGUACGGUUCCGACGAAGGAAUCCUUUGACCCGCUGCACGUCCUCAGUACUCCUCAGUGCUCAACUCUCUAACCUCCUCCGUUCCGAAGGAGCGUUGCGCGGUGCACAAGCAGCCCCUAGGUCCCACGCCCAUUGCCUAGCUCUGUCCCCUCUGGACCCCUACUGUUUCCCACCCUCAGCCCGUCCCCAGGCCUGCUACAAUCCAGAGACUCCUUGGGAAUACGCGAGCGCGACCGCCUUCCUCGUGGGCGCCUCCCCCUUAGCUGCCCGAAGCCCGCCUGCGCCCGCCUCCCCAAGCCGCGAGCAAGGCGGGUCGUCGUCUGCAGCGGCCCGAGGCGCGGCGGCUGCUGACCCAGGCUAAGGCCUGACCUGCUAGCGAGAGGAAACUCUGCUACAUUUUGUUUCGUUCGUGGUUUUGCAUAGGCUGAAACUUUGUGAUUGGGUUAAUCGCGGGACCUCCGCGAAAAGGACCCAUUUAUUUAUUUUUUUUUUUUCCAAAAUGGCAGCCUCCAGCCGCGCGCAGGUGUUAGAUCUGUACCGGGCGAUGCUGAGAGAGAGCAAGCAUUUCAGCGCCUACAAUUACAGAACUUAUGCUAUCAGAAGGAUAAGAGAUGCCUUCAGAGAAAAUAAGAAUGUAAAAGAUCCUGUAGAAAUUCAGACUCUAGUGAAUAAAGCCAAAAGAGACCUGGGAAUGAUUCGUCGACAGGGUCACUUGCAAUCACAAGCUCCACUUCCAUGCCACCUGUAUCCCAGCUGUACUGAAACAGCUCUUCUAAGGUCCACAUUGGCCAAAUGUAUGCAACUGACAAGCUUAUCAUUGAGAAUCAAGAGAAGCCCAAGACCUAAAGACCACCACCAGCCACCAUCAGCAACCGUGGACCACCUUCCACAUCCAUUCUGUGCUUAGGGUGGGGGCUCCCAGCAGACCACGAGCAGCCCCUUGCAUCAACUUAAAACAAUAACCUCUUGCUCAGCCUGCCCUGUAGAAACUGAUAAAUUGAAUGAGGUUUCCAUUCUUCUACAGCCUUAGUGGAAAAAGGUGGCUGUCUUUCCUUGGUUCAAGUGUCAGAAUGAAGAGCUGGUGCUCACUCAAAUUAA